AUGGCACUAGCAUCCGUUGGGAAGUUGCCCCCAAAACCUUCAGAAGCUGACUGGGAUGACCUGUGGGACCAGUUUGAUGAGCGGCGGUAUUUGAAUGCCAAAAAGUGGCGUGUUGGUGAUGAUCCCUAUAAGCUGUAUGCUUUCAACCAGCGGGAGAGUGAGCGGAUCUCCAGCAAUCGGGCCAUCCCAGACACUCGCCAUUUGAGAUGUAAUCUGCUGGUAUAUUGUACAGACCUUCCACCUACCAGCAUCAUCAUCACUUUCCAUAACGAGGCCCGCUCCACCCUACUCAGAACCAUUCACAGUGUAUUAAACCGCACCCCUAUGCAUCUGAUCCAGGAAAUCAUAUUAGUAGAUGACUUUAGCAAUGACCCUGAUGACUGUGAACUGCUGAUCAAGCUGCCCAAGGUGAAAUGCCUACGUAAUAAUGAGCGGCAAGGUCUGGUCCGAUCCCGGAUUCGGGGCGCUGGCAUUGCCCAAGGCAGCACUCUUACUUUCCUCGACAGCCAUUGUGAGGUGAACAGGGACUGGCUCCAGCCCCUGCUGCACAGGGUCAAAGAGGACUACACUCGAGUGGUGUGCCCAGUGAUUGAUAUCAUCAACCUGGACACGUUUAACUACAUUGAGUCUGCCUCAGAGCUGAGAGGGGGGUUUGACUGGAGCCUCCAUUUCCAAUGGGAGCAGCUCUCCCCAGAGCAGAAGGCUCGACGCCUGGACCCCACUGAGCCCAUUAGGACUCCAAUCAUAGCCGGAGGGCUCUUUGUGAUUGACAAAGCCUGGUUCGAUUACCUGGGGAAAUAUGAUACGGAAAUGGACAUCUGGGGUGGAGAGAACUUUGAAAUCUCCUUCAGAGUGUGGAUGUGUGGCGGCAGCCUAGAGAUCAUCCCCUGCAGCCGAGUCGGGCAUGUCUUCAGGAAGAAGCACCCAUAUAUUUUCCCGGAUGGAAAUGCCAACACUUACAUAAAGAACACCAAGCGGACAGCUGAAGUAUGGAUGGAUGAAUACAAACAAUACUAUUAUGCUGCCCAGCCUUUUGCCCUGGAGAGGCCCUUUGGGAACGUUGAGAACAGAUUGAACCUGAGAAAGGAUCUGCAGUGUGAGAGCUUCAAGUGGUACCUGGAGAAUGUCUACCCAGAACUCAGGAUCCCCAAGGACUCCUCGAUCCAGAAGGGCAAUAUCCGGCAGAGGCAGAAGUGCCUAGAGACACAAAAGCGAAAAAACCAAGAGAUCCCCAACCUAAAAUUAAGACCCUGUAUCAAGAUCAAAGGCGAGGAAGCAAAGUCGCAGGUGUGGGCCUUCACAUACACCCAGCAGAUCCUCCAGGAGGAGCUAUGCCUCUCAGUCAUCACCUUCUUCCCUGGUGCCCCGGUGGUUCUUGUGCUUUGUAAGAAUGGAGAUAACAGACAGCAAUGGACCAAGACUGGUUCCCGCAUCGAGCACAUGGCCUCUCACCUCUGCCUGGACAUGGACAUGUUUGAUGAAGGCACUGAGAAUGGCAGGGAGAUCGUCGUCAACCCCUGUGAGUCCUCACUUAUGAGCCAGCACUGGGACAUGGUGAAUUCCUAAUGGGGCCUCCCUGAACCAGCCUGGGCUGGGGAUGCUUCCCAGACAAGAAAAGCAGACUGUAAAUGAGGCUGUGAGCAUCCCAUGACUACUCCAGACACCCUGAACGGGGAGGCAGAGGCAAAGCCACCUAGGACAGGAGUGAUCGUCUCAGGGAGGAUGAAGGGAAAGAUUGCAAGCCACAUGGGGCUCAGAGACAAACCCCACAUAUUCUCAGUGUGUUGAAUUCGAGUCCUGGCCAUUUUUCCCACCUGGUAUCUGGAGACAGAUUUCUAAUGGGAAGUGUGUGUGUUGUCCCCUUACUUACAAAGGAGGAACUUGGGGGAGGCCAGAGAGAGAAGCAUUCCUUGUCACCAGGCCCAGGCCAGGAUUAUAUUGAGUAAUGAAGAACAGAAGUUGUUUUCAAAACAAAUAAAGAUAACCUUAGUCAUUUUCUCUG